AUGCUAGAGUCUGUACAAGCUGCUCACGACCAGCCUUCAUGGAAUGGCAGUAGCUCAGAGACGCUAGAAGCAAAUAGGGUCGAUGAACAGCAACGUAUAGAAAGAGAAAAGUCACAUACCAGUCAGAAUAUCGACCCAGAUGUGGUAAUUGUUGAUUGGGAUGGGCCGAACGACCCAGAAAAUCCGUUCAACUGGCCAGUCCGAAAGAAAUGGAUUCUUACAUCAGUGGCUCUGUUUGGGACAUUCAUCGCCCUUAUAAACGGAACGUCCAUGGCUGUCGCCGCUGAAGCCUACAAUCGCGAUUUUGGCAUUAGCGAUGCGCAAUUUCCGAACUCAUACUGGCCUAUCGCGAGCUGGGCUCUGGGUGGCGGCAUUUUCAUGAUGGUCCUCUUACCCAUCCUCGAGGACUUCGGAGUCAGGUGGGGUUACCUGAUAAGUUACAUUGUCCUGAUCAUCUUCAUUGUGCCCUCAGCUGUGGCUCAAAACUUCGAAACGUUGGUCAUAACACGUUUCAUCGCUGGCGGAUGCGUCUCACUACUAGGAAACACAAUCAGUAGCAUUAUCUGCGACAUCUGGGCUGGCGAUCGUGGCAGAACAGUACCCAUGGAACUAUACAUUACCGUCUAUCUCUUUGGCAGCACCAUGGGUCCCGUCAUCGGUGGUGCCAUUUACCAGUUUCUCAACUGGCGUUGGAUAUUCUACAUUCAGAUCAUCUGGUAUUGCGCUUUGAUUCCGCUCUUCUUCUUCACCAUCAAGGAAACCCGCGGUUCUGUCAUCCUCAAGCAGCGUGCGAAGAAGAUUCGUGCGACGACUGGAAAGAAGGCAUAUACACGCGAUGAAUUGAACCACAUCCCGAUCUGGCAGAUCGUGAAGACCUCAGUCCAGAGACCAGCAUAUAUGCUUUGCACAGAGUGGGUGGUGUUCUCGCUCACUUUAUGGUCAGCCUUCGCUGUCGGUCUCGUCUAUCUCUUUACUCAGAGCAUUGAGCAGGUCUUUGCAGGCCUAUACGGAUGGCCAGCCUACAGUACCGGAUACGUUCAGGCCGCCGUCGGUAUUGGAGAGUUGCUAGGAUUUUUUGUCUCAUAUGCCAACAUACACUUCUACGUGCGAUCUGCCAAGUCGAAUCCCAUCGAUCCCGGCACACCCGUUCCGGAAGCUAGACUCUACAUGUCUCCGGUAGGAGGCUUUUUCGGCAUGACGGGAGGUAUGUUCAUCUACGCGUGGACGUCUUACCCGCACAUACCCUGGAUCGCUCCAGCAAUUGGGCUAGGAAUGGUAGGCUUUGGUAUCAAUAUCGUCUGCGCGUCGAUUGCACAAUAUCUGAUGGACGCUUACUCCAAGUAUGCUGGCUCGGCCAUCGCAGCGGUAGCAUUCGGAGAGAAUGUCUUUUCUGCUUUUCUACCGCUGGCUGCGUCAAGCAUGUAUACCAACCUUGGUUAUCAGUGGGCGAGUUCGGUGUUGGCAUUCUUGUCGUUUGCACUGGCUUGCGCGCCUAUCAUUUUGCUGUGGAAGGGACCGGAGAUCAGAGCAAGGAGUCCCUUCAUUCAGGAGGCGAGAUAUGAGCAUGAUGUCAAGAGUAGUGUGGAAGAGGCUUGA